AAAAAAAAAAAAAAAAAAACAAGGAUGGACAGGGACCCAUAGCUGCAUCACCCUUUACUGUUCUUUGCUUCAAUUUCUCAAGCAAGUCGCUCAACAGAACAGAGGGAAUUCGCGCGCACGGAGAGAGAGUAUAAAUUAGGGUUUUUGCCGAUAAAAUUGUCCAAAUUGAAAUUGAUUUCAAAAUCUUUUGGCCCUAAUUUGAAACUUAAUCGAUCAAAUUCCAUACAAUGGAGGAAGAAGAAGACACGAUUUUGCUCAAUAGUUUAGGGGUUACCUCUGUCAAUCCCGAGGAUAUUGAAAGAGAUAUCUUACAUAAGGCUAGAACUAAUGCUGAAAACAGUUCUCAUGGCGGGAGGGGUACUUCGGAAGUAGAAGAUUUCACUGAUUCCGUGGGAACUCAAGCUUCUUCUUCCAGCCAAGUGGAACUUUUGAAGAAAUUAAGGGCCAUAGAGGUUGAAAUAGAUGCUGUGGCUUCUUCUGUUGAGCAAACGAAAAGUGGGGGAAAGAAUGACGAGAUUGAACCUGAGAGUCAUGGUGGAAACAAAGAGGAUGAUGAGGGUUUUGACAAGGCCAUGCCUAAUGGUUCUACCCUUCAGCAUGCUUUGGCUGCUGAUCGAUUGAAAAGCCUGAAAAAGACAAGGGCUGAACUUCGAAAUGAGUUAUCAAAUAUAUGUGAAGAUGGCAAAGCUGUUGGGGUUGAGGAAAAGUUGUUGAAUUAUUUGGUCAGGGAAGAGUCUAAGUCAAAGCGGAAGUUGAAAGAGGUACAGAGCCCUAACAAAGAGUCCAAAAAGAAGAAGAAGGUUGUCUCAUACCAAGAGGAUGAUGAAUUUGACGCUGUUCUGAAUGCUGCAUCUGGAGGAUUUGUUGAAACGGAAAGGGACGAGCUUGUGCGAAAAGGACUUUUUACACCUUUUCAUAAGCUUAAGGGCUUCGAACGCCGAAUACAGCAACCAGGGACAUCAAGCCUGCCGGAGGACAGGAAUGACGCAGCUGACCAUGCUUCUGAGAGUGUUGCCAGAGCAGUUAGGUCACUAACAGAUGCUCGGCAAGCUCGUCCAACGUCUAAGCUGCUUGAGCCAAAAGAUUUGCCAAGACUUGAUACACCACCUCAUGCUUUUAAUAGAUUAAAUAAGUCUUUUAAAAUUCCUAAAAGUUUAGACAGUGAUGGAGAAAAGAGUAAUGAUGCAAAAAGGAAGAAGAGAAGGCCUUUGCCUGGUGAAAGAUGGCGGAAACGCAUUGCUAAGGAGGAGUUUGUGGCAGAAGAACCUGAUGUACAGGAUGACUUAAUCACAGAAACCCAGGAUGCUGAGAAUGGAGGUGGUGGCGAGACUCCAUCUGUGACACUUGAAGGUGGGUUAAAGAUCCCUGAAACAAUAUUUGUCAACCUGUUUGAUUAUCAAAAAGUUGGGGUUCAAUGGCUGUGGGAGCUGCAUUGUCAAAGAGCUGGAGGAAUUAUUGGGGAUGAGAUGGGUCUUGGCAAGACCAUUCAGGUAUUAGCAUUUCUUGGGUCAUUGCAUUUUAGUAAUAUGUACAAACCAAGUAUUAUAGUAUGCCCUGUCACACUGUUAAGGCAAUGGAAGAGAGAAGCCCGGAAAUGGUAUCGUAGCUUUCAUGUUGAGAUACUUCAUGAUUCUGCUGUUGAUGUUGGUCGAAAACAAAAGCAAUCUGAAUCUGACGAGAGUGAUUAUGAAAGUGAAGGGUCAUUUGAAAGUGAUCAGGAUAAAGUUCCCUCCUCAAGAAGUGCAAAGAAGUGGGAUGCCUUGUUAAAUCGGGUUUUGAGAUCAGAGUCUGGAUUGCUUAUUACAACAUACGAACAACUUCGUAUACUGGGGGAGAAACUACUGGACGUUGAAUGGGGUUAUGCAGUACUUGAUGAAGGUCACCGUAUCAGGAAUCCUAAUGCAGAAGUUACUAUUGUGUGCAAGCAGCUGCAGACAGUUCAUCGUAUCAUAAUGACCGGUGCACCAAUUCAGAAUAAACUGUCGGAAUUGUGGUCUUUGUUUGAUUUUGUCUUCCCUGGAAAAUUAGGAGUCUUACCUGUUUUUGAAGCAGAGUUCGCUGUGCCCAUAAAAGUUGGGGGUUAUGCUAAUGCAUCUCUAUUGCAAGUCUCCACAGCUUACAGGUGUGCAGUUGUCUUGCGUGAUCUAAUCAUGCCUUAUCUCUUGCGUCGUAUGAAGGCUGAUGUGAAUGCCCAUCUUCCGAAGAAGACUGAACAUGUCCUUUUCUGCAGUCUGACUCCCGAGCAGCGCUCUGUUUAUAAAGCUUUCCUAGCCAGCUCUGAGGUGGAGCAAAUAUUUGAUGGAAAUAGAAAUUCUCUCUAUGGUAUUGAUGUGAUGCGUAAGAUAUGUAACCAUCCUGAUCUCCUUGAAAGAGAGCACUCUUCACAUAAUCCAGACUAUGGGAAUCCUGAACGCAGUGGGAAGAUGAAGGUUGUUGCUCAAGUACUGAAUAUGUGGAAAGAACAGGGUCAUCGUGUUCUUCUUUUCGCACAAACUCAGCAGAUGCUUGAUAUCCUUGAAAAUUUUCUAAUUGCCAAUGAGUAUAGCUACAGGAGAAUGGAUGGUCUUACUGCAGUAAAACAGAGGAUGGCAUUAAUUGAUGAAUUUAAUAAUUCAAAUGAUGUAUUUAUUUUCAUACUCACAACCAAAGUUGGUGGUUUAGGGACAAAUCUUACUGGGGCAAACAGGGUGAUAAUUUUUGAUCCAGAUUGGAAUCCAUCAACAGAUAUGCAGGCCAGGGAGCGUGCUUGGCGUGUUGGUCAGACACGUGAUGUAACCAUUUUUAGGUUAAUCACACGUGGAACUAUAGAAGAGAAAGUGUAUCAUAGGCAGAUAUACAAACAUUUUCUGACCAAUAAGAUCUUGAAAAACCCGCAGCAGCGAAGAUUCUUUAAAGCAAGAGAUUUGAAGGAUCUUUUUGUUUUAACUGAUGAAGAACAUGCUGGCUCAACUGAGACUUCACAUAUUUUUGGUCAAUUAUCUGAGCAAUUGAAUGUUAUUAGCACUGAUAAAGAAGACCAGCAAAAAGAUAAUUGCUCUGGAGCAACAAUUGCAUGUGCCAAUGACACAGCGUUGGACAGAGAAAAUAGCCCGCAGCAGGAUUUAUGCGGAAACAAAGAGAAAGAAGGUGUUGAAAAUGGUCGAAAUGCUGACGAAGAAACAAAUUUCUUAAAGAAUCUUUUUGACACACAUGGGAUACAUAGUGCUAUAAAUCAUGAUGCUAUCAUGGAUGCCCAUGAUGAGGAAAAAAUGAGGCUCGAGGAGCAGGCUUCCCAAGUUGCACAGAGAGCAGCAGAAGCACUUCGUCAGUCGCGAAUGCUUAGAAGCAGGGAGAACAUAGCCGUUCCGACAUGGACAGGAAAAUCUGGGGCUGCCGGUGCGCCUUCAUCUAUUCGCCGGACAUUUGGGUCAACAGUGAACUCUCAGUUGGUAAGAAACUCCAAAUCAGAAGAUGAGGCACCCAAAACUGGUACAAAUGGAUUUGUUGCAGGAGCUGCUUCUGGUAAAGCAUUGUCUUCCUCUGAGUUGCUAGCCAAAAUUCGAGGGAAUCAGGCUAGUGCAGUCGGUGAUGGGCUCGAACAUCAGUUUAGUUUGGCUUCCAGCUCUUCUAACAGGGCAGGUUCCAGUGUAACCAGGCCUUCUCGGGCAUCUCAGAAUCUCAGUGGGGUCCCUCCAGAAGUUUUAAUCCGAAAUAUCUGCACAUUCAUCCAAAAUAAUGGUGGGAGCACCAGUUCUGCCACUAUAGUGGAACAUUUUAGAGAUAGAAUUCCUUCUAAAGAUUUGCCCUUGUUCAAAAAUCUUUUGAAAGAAAUUGCUAUACUAGAAAAAAACCGGAAUAGCUCAGUUUGGGUUCUAAAGCCUGAAUAUCAGUUGUCACGUUCUUGAGCUGCAUACAUGGAUAUCCUUUGGAAUGGAGCAAGAAGAUUGUGAAGUAGAGAGCUACUCUGAUGUAUUUCACAAUUUUGGCUAUAGGUAGGAAAUUUUUAGGUGAAGUGCAUUCUUUUAGCCAUAGAAUUAUAGAAUUAUUGGACGGAUGUAUUCAUUGUAAUCUGUAAAUAAUAAUUGUUUACAAGAAUAAAUCCUUACAUAUCAUAAAGAAGUGCAUUGUUUUGUUGCC